AUUCAAAUAACACCGGUACCUUGCACCGGCAAGUGUUACAGUGACUCUGCAACUUUGUGUGCAUAUAUGUAUAAGCGUUAUCGUCGUCAGGUGCAAACAAAACGGGUGGACUGUUCAAUGAUUGCAAGUCAUUGGCUUCUUCUUCAGAGUGUACUUUUGAAAUUUGCACAUUUUAAGCCCAGAGCUAGAGGUUCUUUAUUUUAAAGCUAGAAGUUCUUUAUUUGCUACGUUCCACAGCGUUCAACAAUCUCGUCAGAACAUGUCGACUAUCAAGGAGCGAGGGAUCACAUUUCCGGCUGACGUUGUGACACGUUCCAACCUGGAACUCAUGAAAACCUUUGACAUCAGAGACGACGACAUAAUGCUUGUCACCUACCCCAAAACAGGUACUUGGUGGAUCCAUCAAGUGGUGAAGCAAAUUCUGGCCUCAGAGGGAAUUCAGGAUGAGAAGUAUUUGGGAGACUUCCCCAACCUACUCGAGUUCACCAUUCCAGGAAAGGGCCCCAUAGUGGAAUUGUUCAAAACUGCACCGUCUCCUCGGGUCCUGGCAACGCACGUACCAGUCGAGUUCCUCCCGUCUGGUUUGCUCGGUUCCAAGGCUAAGACAGUUGUGUUGAUGAGGAAUCCCAAGGACACUGCAGUCUCCACCUUCAAGUUCUGGCAGAAAGUUCCAGAAGUAAAGACCCCGGAAUCAUGGGAUAGCUUCGUUGAGCAGUACCUUGCUGGCGACUGUCCGUGGGGGCCUUUCUACGACCACGUCUUGGGGUUCUGGAAACUGAAGGACCACCACAACAUUCUCUUCCUGAAGUAUGAAGACAUGAAAAAGGACUUGCCGGCAGAAGUGAGGAAACUCUCCUCGUUCCUGGGCAGACCGUUGAGUGAAGAAGCGGUACAGGCAGUGGUCGGUGCAACUCAGUUCGACUCCAUGAACAAGACCGUGGGCCAAAAAAAUGGACUUUGGACAAGAAAGGGAAUCAUCGGAGAUUGGAAGAACCACUUCAGCGAUGAGCAGAGCCGAGCUUUUGAUGAUCAGUACCGCGACAGGCUGUCCAACACUGGGCUGGAGUUUGAAUUCGAGUAAACUGAGAAAUCAUU